AUGGUCCGCGCUUCUGCAUUUUUGAUCUUGAGCCUUUUCGACUCAGCUCUUGCUAUCGCCGCGCCGCAGUUCGACCAAGGUGCCGAGUUACGCAAGUCAGAAUGUGAUAAUGGCUGCUUUGAUGCCAGCUUUCCGGGAGGUUCAUGUACCAAUGAUCCGGCUUGUAUGUGCAAUCAGAAGAAGUACCGCGAGGCGUAUUUCUGCUGCAUGGCCAAGAACUGUGAUGCAGACGUGAUGCCUGAAUCUGUUGAGCGCCAACAUACAGAAUGCCAGGCCAGGAACCUCGACUUUACCUUUGACGCUGAGAAAGUUUGCGCCAUCAAGUCAGAAGGAACCAGUACCUGUUCCUUGUCUUCAACCACGAGCAACACCAAAACUACUUCGCAUGUUUCACACGGAUCUUCAGCGACAUCGAUUCCGGCCUCUACGACAUCAGAGGCAGAAACUACCAGCAGUACUAAGGGCGCAGAGCGCGCUUCAAGUACUGCUCAGGAAUCAUCUACAGGUGGUGCAGCCCCUGUGACGGAUAGUGCACCACGGUUGGGUGCCUCUCUUGGGGUACUGAGUAUAUUAUUCAUGGUUGUUGGGAUACUUAUCUAG